ACAAUAAAUAAACAAAUAUAUUUUGUUGGAUUUUCCUCACUGUAGAAGAAAACUUAUACAGUACUAGUACUAAUUUAUAACAAAAGGACCCUAAAAGAUUGAUUUUAAUUUCUGAGGAAAGAGGGAAAAAAAACUAGGAAAUAUAAAAAACUGUCGUAAGAAGACAGGAAGAGGAAACGAAAACAGAUGUGAGCUCUCUCUCUCGUCUUAAACUUUAAUAUCCUCUCCUCUCAGUUACUACUACUACUCUCGGCCAUGGCCAGCGACGGUGGCGUUUCAUGUCUACGGAGGUCGGAGAUGAUGAGCGUCGGCAUCGGAGGAAUAGAUUCUCCACCGUUGGAUGUAGACGAAGUUCACGUCCUGGCCGUCGACGACAGCCUCGUUGAUCGGAUUGUCAUCGAGAGAUUGCUUCGUAUUACCUCCUGCAAAGUCACGGCGGUAGAUAGCGGAUGGCGUGCUCUGGAGUUUCUAGGGAUAGACAACGAGAAAGCCUCUGCAGAACUCGAUAGAUUGAAAGUUGAUCUGAUCAUCACCGAUUACUGCAUGCCUGGAAUGACUGGUUACGAGCUCCUCAAGAAGAUUAAGGAAUCGUCCAGUUUCCGACAAGUCCCGGUUGUAAUAAUGUCGUCGGAGAAUGUAAUAACCAGAAUCGACAGGUGUCUUGAGGAAGGUGCGGAGGACUUCUUACUGAAACCGGUGAAACUCGCCGACGUGAAACGCCUGAGAAACUAUUUAGCCAGAGACGUUAAACAUUCUAACGGUAACAAACGGAAGCUUCCAAAAGAUUCGCCGCCGUUGACUCUCUCGCCUGAUUCGUCGGACUCUUCUCCGCCGCGGUCGACUCUCUCGCCUGAUUCGUCGGACUCUUCUCCGCCGCCGUCGACUCUCUCGCCUGAUUCUUCGGACUCUUCUUCCCCGCCGUUAUCUCCCGUGGAGAUCUUUUCCUCGCCGCUACUUUCUCCAUUAGACGAUGAAGUUGACGAUGUGCUGACAUCGUCGCCGGAGUCUACUCCGUCGCUGGUUCGACGGCAGAAGAUGAGGAGUCCCGGAUUAGAUUAGUGACCUUUUCCCGGGGUCCGUGUAAUAUCGAUCUCCGUUAACUUUUUUUACCCUUUGACGGCACGUUGACUUGACGCUGUCAAUUUUAUAGAUGUCCUUUAAUCUCGCUCCACGUGGACGUACUUCUGUUUCUAAAAGCUUUUCGAAUUUCCUAUAAUUAUUUUAAUUAUUACUAUUAUGCAACAUAAUACGUUAUGGUUUUGAGUUUUGACUUUGUGUUUUAGUAUAUAAAAGAUAAUGGAAGAAAAUAACUUUAUAGUUCACACUA